GAAUGGGAAAGCUUAAAGAAAAAGGGAAAGCCGGUGCGGCUACAAAUUAUAUAACAAGAAAUCAAGCCUUGAAGAAGCUUCAAUUGACACUAGCGGAUUUUAGGCAAGUAAAGCUUAUUAUUAUAUGCCGGAUCUAUCCUAGGGAACCUCAAAACAGAAAAAAGGCUAACAAAGGUUCAACAGCCCCUGCCACUUUCUAUUACAUCAAAGAUAUAAAAUAUCUAGCGCACGAACCUAUCUUACGUAAAUUUAGGGAACACAAGACUUUCUUGAGAAAACUAUGCAAAGCUCUAGGGAAACGUCAGCUGAGCAUCGCAAGAAACUUGGAAAAAAACAAGCCCAUCUACACUUUAGAUCACAUUAUUAAAGAGAGAUACCCUACCUUCACAGACGCCCUAAGAGAUCUCGACGAUGCGCUAUCAACGAUAUUUUUAUUUUCUACGUUUCCAUCGACAGAUAAAGUUAAAAGCGAGACU